UUUCAAUUACAGCACAAUAAUCCUACUUUAUUUUUUAUUUUCAAGCCCACAUGUUUGACUAAUCUUACCUGUAUUUUUCCUUUGUUGGUCCCACAAAACCAAAAUUUUUACAAGUCAAUAUUAGCCUCACAUAGUACUAACACAAGUUUUACAUCCAUCUUAGACCUUCACUUACUACAGUUUGGUAAAUCAUCCCCUUUAUUUUCUCCACCUAUUUUCAUUUUUUAUAGACUUCUAGACUUGAAAAACCCUAAUUCACGAUCUACCUCCAUUUUUUUUUUCUAAAAAAAUUCAACUCAGCCAUUAAAAACUAAAAAUAAAAAAUAAAAAAAAUCAAUACCUAGUAAUACCUACCCAAAAACCCUUCAAAAAAAUAAACUUUUAUCCAUUUUCACAAAUACCCACCAUAAAAAAAAGGUUUCCACCUUUCUGGGCUGUAAAUUCAGAUGCUGGAAAAUUCAGAAAUGCAUGAAAUUUCAUUACAGAGGCGGGAAAAUGAAGUGGGUAAGUCAAUAAUAUUGGAAAAAGCAGUUGAAGAGGGAAAAAAUGAAGAAAAUAAAGAAGACUAUGGUGUUUCUGUUGCUGAAAGAAAUUCACCGGCUAACAGAUGGCCAAAACAUGAAACCAUUUCUUUACUUGAAAUAAGGUCAGAAAUGGAUACUGCAUUUAAAGAUUCUGGGUCUAAAGCUCAUCUUUGGGAUGAAGUUUCUAGGAAAAUGGCUGAGCUUGGUUAUCACAGAAGUGCUAAAAAAUGUAAAGAGAAAUUUGAAAACAUAUAUAAGUACCACAGGAGGGUGAAAAGUUCCUCCUAUGCCCGGACAAAACAAAAGAUGUAUCGAUUUUUUGAUCAGCUUGAAGCUCUAGAUCACCAUCAGAUUUCAUUGGAAACUUCGGUAUCUGAGCCAGAAAAUACUUCUUUGAAUGUUACACCAUAUGCUGCUACUCCCAUCUCUAGCCACCCACAAAGAAUACCUCAGACGUCCUUGCCUGUAUCGGUAAACUUGGAUUCUUUUACUGUUUCAACAUCCAGUGCGUCCACAUCAGGAAGUGAAUCUGAAGGCACUCGAAUGAAAAAAAGAAAAUGGGUUGAUUGCUUUAAUGUAUUGAUGAAAUCUGUGCUUGCAAAACAAGAAGCUUUGCAUAAUAAGUUCUUGGAAGCAAUAGAUAAACAUGAGCUUAAUUCUCGAGCAAGAGACGAGGCAUGGAAGAGGCUGGAAAUGGAUAGAAUCAAGAGAGAGCAGGAGCUUUUGAUGCAAGAAAGGUCGAUAUCAGCAGCUAAGGACGCAGCCAUACUAGCAUUCUUGCAGAAGGUUUCCGAGCAGGGGAAGUGUCCUGAAAUCUCUGAGCCACUGCUACAAACCCCGAGUCAAGAUAUUAGCAAUUUGUGUAGGAAAGAGAAAGAUAAUGGUGAAAAUUCCUCUUCGCGGUGGCCAAAGGAAGAAGUUGAAGUUUUGAUCAAGAUUAAAACUAAUAUGGAGUUGGAGUAUCAGAAACUCGGACCAAAGGGGGCUAUGUGGGAAGAAAUUUCAAUGGCAAUGAAAAACUUCGGAUAUGAUCGGAAUGCUAAAAGGUGCAAGGAGAAAUGGGAAAACAUAAACAAGUACUACAGGAGAGUAAAAGACAGCAACAAGCCGAGACAUGUUGACUCAAAAACAUGUCCGUACUUCCACCUCCUUGAUACAAUGUACAACAUGAAGACUCAAAGGUCGGAAUAUAAUUCAGAAACUUCUGGAAGUAACUUCAGACCAGAAGAGCUUUUGCUUCACAUGAUGAAUAAUCCUUCAAAGCAACCGUGUCAGGAAUCGGUAGUUUUGCAGCAAGUAGAAGGUGAAUGGACCAUGCAAAACGGUAAAAGAGAUCAAAACGAAGAAGCUGGAAAUGAUGAGGCAUCAGGUGAUUUUCAAGUUGUACAUGAUCCUAUUCCGAUGAACGCCGCUGAAUGAGGGCGUGUUGCAAGCAAGGCUCCAUCUGCAUUUUUGAAUUUCAAAAAGCAGGUGAGCACCGUAAUCUUUUGGGAUUAAAGCUUUGAUAUUAUUUGAGAAAGCCAGUGAAACAUCUGGUGAUGUAUAAAUAUUCGCUUCGUGAUCUCGUAGAUGUACAAGAAACUGUGAUGUCUAAAAAGUGAGCAUUUGUUGGUGAUCAUAAUUUGGGGACUAUGUAUAUUUAAUAGAAAAUAGCAAAAGAAGUAUGUCAUGUGUUGUGUAGAAACUAAAUUUUGUAUUGUUGUAGUUUUGAGGCGAUGUAAUGUCUUUGUUUGAGGCAAUAAAACUCUGAAAAAGAGGCCCUUUCUUUCUGUUUAGUGUCAUACAUUCUAAGUCUAGUGGGUAUAUACAUUGUAGUUUGUACUCUUGCUGUUCCAAUGAGAUUGAUAUAUUUACCUUUCCCUCCAAA